AGAGGCGCCACUCGUUGCACUGAAUACAAGGCCACUUAAGCUUAACAGCAUGUUGCAAGAUCAUUCCGUGUUGGCCUCCUCUCAAAAUUCCGAACGUAUCGAUUCACCCGCCACAAGCCAGCAACUUCAACAUUCCCAGCAAGACCCGUCCCAGAGUCCCUGGGAUGUCCUGUUUGCCCGACUGAAAGACCACCCGCACAACCCUGAGGGAUGGAAGAAGCUCGUGGACCUCGCCGAGGCCCCGGGCCCGAACGGUGUCGUUCAGCUAGAUAGGGUGAAGGCCACGUAUGACCGCCUGCUGGAAACGUAUCCGAAUACCGCUGGCGCGCAAAUCGCGUACAUCAACCACUACAUGCAAAAUGGCCAGCAAGCGACCGUUGAGCAGCUGUUCAAACGUUUUUUGCCUACCUCGCCCGCCGUUGAGCUGUGGCGGCACUACAUCGGUUACGUGAGGCGUCUACACUCGGGAUCAGAUCCAGGAGCCCGAAAAAUCGUCGCAGACUCGUACGAGUACGCGCUGCGCCACAUCGGUCAGGAUAAGGAUGCGGGUGAGAUGUGGGCGGACUACGUCACCUUCCUCAAGAUGGCGCAACCGACCACACCUCGCGAAGAGCAAGAGAAGAACGACGCCAUCCGGAAGGCGUACCACCGCGCCGUGAAAAUCCCGCUCGAGAACGUCGAGCGGCUGUGGUCCGAACUGGAGAGCUUCGAGAACGGCCUGAACCGGACGACGGCGCAGAAGUUUAUGACCGAUCUCCGGCCCGAGCACAUGCAGGCACGGUCCGUCUUGCGCACGCUGCGCGGGCACCUCGCGACGCUGUUGCCGCCACCGCCGCCGAGCGGCGUGAGCGGUCGGACGAGCGUCUGGCUGCCCAGCGUGCCGACGUUCGACCCCGCGCAGAGAGCGCUCGUGGGCGCGUGGAAAGCGUAUCUCAAGUGGGAGGAGAGCAAUCCAUUGGCGUUGGAGGAGAAAGAUCGGGCGGUGCUGGAGGCACGGUUGAGGGGCGUGUACAGGAAGGCGGUUGUGCGGAUGAGAUACUUUGGCGAGAUCUGGUUCAUGGCGUAUACGUGGGCCAAAGGCCUUACCACCGGCAAGCAGGACGAGCCGAUAACUUGGUUAGAAGCCGGCAUCAAAGCGAAUCCAGCGAGCUUUUUGCUCAACUUUGCAUACGCCGAGGCGAUGGAACUCAAGGGCGACUUCGCGAAGGUGCGCACGACGUUCGAAACGUUCCUCAACGUCCUGCGCGCCGACCUGGACAGCCUUAAAGCCCGGAUCGAUGCCGUUUACCCACCGGCCGCGAACGGGGCCGCCGCCGGCGCGGACACGACGCUCGCCACGGAUCCGAAUACGAGCGUGGGCGCGAACACGACGAUGAACUCCCAGAACACCCAGAGCUCGCAGGGGUCCACGACGAGCACGCCGGAUGAGGAGUCGAAGCGGAAGGAGCUCGCGGAGAAGCGGACGGAGUACGGGCUGGUGUACAUCAUGUACAUGCGCUUCUCGCGCCGGGCGGAGGGACAGAUGCCGUGGCGGUUGAUCUUCAAGAAGGCCCGCCAGGACUCGUGGACGCCUUGGGAGGUGUACGAGGCCGCUGCUCUCAUGGAGUACCAUUGCAGCAAAGACGUCGCCGUCGCCGGAAGAAUCUUCGAAAAGGGAGAGGAGCUCUUCGGGGACGAGAUCGAGUUUGUGACGAGGCAUUUGGGCUUCCUCAUCUCGAUCAAUGAUCAGAACAAUGCCGACGCGCUGUUCAAGAAGGCGGUCACCAAGUUUCCCGCGGAUCGCGCCCGCCCGCUAUGGGAGCGCUGGGCGCGAUAUGUAUACCAGUUCGGUGACCUCCCCAGCUCCCAAGAGCUCGAGAGAAGGUUCGCGGAAGUCUAUCCGAACGACCCUCCGAUUAAGCGAUUUGCCCAACGCCAUAUCUACCUUGGCACUGACGCCAUCGCCGCGCGCGACCUCGGCUUCGCCAUCGCACGCCAAAACAACCUGUCCUCGAACUCGAGCGGCAGCUCGGUUGGCAAGGCCAACCCGGACGCGUCGUCUGCGUCGAUGGCGCCCCCGCCGGCCAAGAGGGGGGCGUCGCCGGAUGGAAGGAGGCGGGACGAGCCGCCACCGGCCAAACGCCAGCGUGGGAGCCCGCCGCCGAGGGACAGGGAGAGAGAGCGCGAGCGCGAGAGGGAGCGCGAGAGGAUGGAGAGGGAGCGGGAUAGGGAGAGGCUGGAACGCGAUCGCGAGAGGGAAAGAGAGCGCAGGGCGGCGCUGGCGCAGAUGCCGCCGCCCCCGGCGAGGAGGUACGCCAGCCCGGCGGGGAGGGAGCGCGACCAUGGCAAGCCGCACAGGGAGGUGCAUGUGCCGCCGGUCAUCUCGUGGUUCGUCGGAACUUUGCCCCCACCGGCGGCGUUCGACGGUCCUGUCUUCAAGACGGACGACUUGAUGAGCUUGUUCAGGAACGCGAUCAUACCCAGUUCGAACUCUUCUUCCGCUGGGCCGCCGCCGCCUCCACUACGCGACGCAAGCCCACAUGGAAUGCCUCCACGCCGAGCACGACCACCACCGGAUUAUACAUUGGGCGGGCGACGGUGGUGAUACCACACAAAAUUAUGGACAACCCAGAGCAUGCAUUCUCCUGCAUAUACCUACGUUCCUUCUCUGCUCUUGAUGCUACUUUCCAUUAGGCGUAAGACGUUGCACCCAUGCUUCCUCCGCAAUACAUACUGUUUUUC